AUGCAGGAUGUUGAUUGCAUGCCCUUAAGACGCUUAGAGAAUAAACCCGCAUCAGUAGCAAGGUCCUCAAGUGCUGUCAAUAAGUUAUUCGAGAACUUCACUCAGCUCAAAAUAAAUGGCAGGGAAAAAGAUCAGAGGCUUGAAGGGUACAUAAAAUUUUCUCCUGGUGAUACCCUCGAGAACGUUCGUGGUCCUUCUCAUGAGUCUCUGUCAAGUUAUCCCAUGGAUAAUUUACUGAAGCAAACAAAGGUGGCUUCAGUGGAUGCUAAUUCACAAGCUAAUACUGGACUGAGGAAAACUGCCAUAAAUCAGCAGACACUACAUUCUCAGCACCAUACACUGGCAGAGGUCCAGGCGAAAGAAGCUGAUGUGCAAGCUCUUACUGAAUUGACUCGUCCUCUAAACAAAAAGGAAGCAGCGGUUAUUGAGUUGAAGCACAUUAAUGAUGAUGUUUUAGAAAGUGACAAGGAUGGUGAUUGCUCUCUCAGUAAUUCAGAGCCUUUCAAGAAGCAAUAUUCUGCUGUACUCGUGCAGUUAAAUGCAGCCAAUGAGCAGGCAUGUGUUUCUUCUGCUUUGUAUUGCUUGAGGCAGCGCAACUCAUAUCAGGGAAACUUUCCACAAGCGAGGCCGAGGCCCAUGGCAAAUUUAGGUGAUCACGGAGGCCUUUUGAGCUCCUUAGAUCAUUCUACAAGUCACACUCAAGCAUCCGGAUCUUCUGUUAAUGAAGUUGUUGAAAGCUCAAGAACAAAAGCCCAAACAAUGGUGGAUGCAGUUAUGCAGGGAAUGUCAUCUCUGAAGGGUGUGGAGAAGAUGGAGACAGCUAUAGAUCAUGUGAAUGAUCGACUACUUCCAUUGGAUGAUUUUUGCAUGCUGGCCACAGACUCGGUGCAUGUUGGUUUGGCUUCUCAUGAUUAG